UAUAAACAAUUUAUCUAUUUUUCCUCUGGUAUAAAAAAAAUAGAUUUAGGUUUUACUAUUUGGAUCGAUUCCAUCUAAAUUAAGGUCUGAAAAGGCAAAAUUUAAAAGAUUUAAGGAUUUAAUAGAAAGAAAGACUUUAUUAAAAAAGUCAUUUCUGUUUCAGAUCACCACGCUGAUGGUGGAAUGGCAUCGGCAUGGCUUCUUUUCUUCUUUUCCUGCAACUUCGUCUUGUUUUCUUCUGCCCUGGACCAGAUCGCCUUGGGUAAAAACAGCGAAGUAGAGAGAAACAUAAAAAUCGAAGAACUGCUCACUCUGACGAGGAAAAUGCUUCAAGAGAGCAUCAGGAAGACGAGCCAUGUGCCUCUGCCCGAGGGGCUCGACGGCAAGCAAGACUCCUUAUACAGGCUCUUCUUUGAGCAAUCCAGGGAAAUGGCGAUGAGGGGCCGAAAGGGGAAGCGGCCGACAUUCAAGGAUCUAUGCUGCAUCCACACCUGGCCUCCUGAGAAUCUAUCCGAACACACCAACGCCUCGAAUAGAAAAAAAUAGGUAAACGAACAGUUGAAUUUUCAUUCAAAGACGGGAACAUAAGAUUUCGCAUAAGUUUUAACCAUGUUCUGCCAAGUUAUCAACAAAAGAAUCAAUAAAACUGUUUAUUUAACAAUGAA